AUGGUUGAUGAUGAUGAAGCACCAUUAAUCUACGGUGUUGAGUUUCAGGCAAGAGCACUAUGUGCAGUCAGCGGUGUUCCAGACGAUGACACAGUACGUUUUCUAGUCGGUACUCAGUCAAUUAAAUUCGAAAAUCAGAUUCAUUUCCUUGAAUAUGAAGAAGAAGCUGGCCUUUUAAAUAAAUCUAUCUAUUCGCAUCGAGCAGGAGAGAUUUGGCGCAUGGCAUCAUCACCUACCGACCAUCGUCGUUUCGCCACAAUCUAUCAAAAUAUUCAAGAUUCCAAUAUUGUCAGUAAAUGUACAGUAUGGCAAAUUCCAUUUGAUUCCAAUACAGAAGAAGGCAAUUCGCCUACGAUCGAUGCAUCAACAAAUCAGCUUCAUCAACCAUUACGUAAACGUUUCGAUUUAAAUGUUCCGAAUACAAAUAUCAUCGAUGUCGAAUGGGAAACUAAUGGUGAACGUAUUGCAAGUAUCAGUGAAACGAAUAUCUAUAUAUGGAAUGUUGAACAACCUGAUACACCUUCGAUUUCUUCCACUGGCGCAAUUGAUUCAAAGAGUAGUGCAAUUCAUAAACUAUCGUGUUGUCGAUGGAAUCCACAUAUGAGUACGAAUCAACUAGCUACAACUCUCGGACCUCAUAUACGUGGUUGGGAUCUACGAUCGAUGAAACCUUCAUUUUCGAUUGAUAAUGCUCAUCCACCGUGUGUUCGAGAUAUCGACUAUAACCCAAAUCGACAAUACCAUCUAAUGACAUGCGGUGAUGAUUGUCGAGUGAAAUUUUGGGAUGUGAGAAAAACAAAUGAAUGUUUAAAAAUCUUAACUGAUCACUCACACUGGGUAUGGUCCGCUCGAUACAAUCGUUUUCACGAUCAACUUAUAGUCACGUCGAGUAGUGACACUCGUGUUAUUCUAUUCAAUAUUGCUAGUCUCUCCUCUGAACCGUAUGGAAGUUUAAACACAUCGGAAGAUGUCAAAGAAGAAACGGAAGAACUCGUCAAUGAAGAUCGUCUUAUUUGUGUCUUCGAUGAGCAUGAAGAAUCAGUUUACUCAGCUCAAUGGGCAUCGAACGACCCGUGGUUGUUAGCGUCUCUUAGUUACGAUGGUCGUCUUAUUCUUAAUCGUGUUCCGAAAAAUGAAAAAUUCCAAAUUCUUCUGCGUUGUCCUACGUGA